AUGCAAUUGCUGCACACUGGCAAGCAGCUGCCAUCGGGGGUUCCUGGGCGGUUAAGCGUCUCCCCGGAGUCGCUGCCCAGAACCACAGCUUUCCUUCCGACAGUCAGGACGGGGGAGAGAGGGGACGUCGGAGGGGCCCGGGGUGACGUCGAGGGGACAACCCCACCGCGGGUGGCGAGGCGGGCUGGGCCCCUGGCGGGCUCUCCCCGCAGCACACUCUCGCCGCGCCCCCUGGCGGAUGCUAGUCCCCGACGGGCUCCGGACGCUCAGCUGAUGCGGCCCGGCGGGGCAGCCUCCUCCCGUCACUUCAGCCAGCGCCGCAACUAUAAGAGGCGGUGCCGCCCGCCGUGGCCGCCUCAGCCCACCAGCCGGGACCGCGAGCCGUGCUGUCCGCCGCCCGCCCCCAGGGUUGUUAAAGCCAGACUGCGAAUUCUCGCCACUGCCGCCACCGCCGCGUCCCGUCCCAUCGUCGCGGGCAACAGCCAAAGUCGCCGCAACUGCAGCACAGAGCGGGCAAAGGGUAUUGUGAACGUAGCCUCCUCCACGAACCUGCUGACGGACUCCAAGAGUCUGCAACUGGUACUCGAGCCCAGUCUGCAGCUGUUGAGCCGCAAACAGCGGCGUCUGAUACGCCAAAAUCCGGGGAUCCUGCACAGCGUGAGUGGGGGGCUGCAGAGUGCCGUGCGCGAGUGCAAGUGGCAGUUCCGGAAUCGCCGCUGGAACUGUCCCACUGCUCCAGGGCCCCACCUCUUCGGCAAGAUCGUCAACCGAGGCUGUCGAGAAACGGCGUUUAUCUUCGCUAUCACCUCCGCCGGGGUCACCCAUUCGGUGGCGCGCUCCUGCUCAGAGGGUUCCAUCGAAUCCUGCACGUGUGACUACCGGCGGCGCGGCCCCGGGGGCCCCGACUGGCAUUGGGGGGGCUGCAGCGACAACAUUGACUUCGGCCGCCUCUUCGGCCGGGAGUUCGUGGACUCCGGGGAGAAGGGGCGGGACCUGCGCUUCCUCAUGAACCUUCACAACAACGAGGCUGGCCGUACGACCGUAUUCUCCGAGAUGCGUCAGGAGUGCAAGUGCCACGGGAUGUCCGGAUCCUGCACGGUGCGCACGUGCUGGAUGCGGCUGCCCACCCUGCGCGCCGUGGGCGAUGUGCUGCGCGACCGCUUCGACGGCGCCUCGCGCGUCCUCUACGGCAACCGCGGCAGCAACCGCGCUUCGCGGGCGGAGCUGCUGCGCCUGGAGCCGGAAGACCCGGCCCACAAACCGCCCUCCCCCCACGACCUCGUCUACUUCGAGAAAUCGCCCAACUUCUGUACGUACAGCGGACGCCUGGGUACAGCGGGCACGGCAGGGCGCGCCUGUAACAGCUCGUCGCCCGCGCUGGACGGCUGCGAGCUGCUCUGCUGCGGCAGGGGCCACCGCACGCGCACGCAGCGCGUCACCGAGCGCUGCAACUGCACCUUCCACUGGUGCUGCCACGUCAGCUGCCGCAACUGCACGCACACGCGCGUACUGCACGAGUGUCUGUGAGGCGCUGCGCGGACUUGCCCCCGGGAACACUCUCCGCGAGCCCUCCCCCAAAGAGACUCGCUGGCACUCAAGACCCGGUUAUUCGCCCACCCGAGUACCUCCAGUCACACUCCCCGCGGUUCAUAUGUAUCCCAUCUCUCCCACUUCCUCCUACCUGGGGACUCCUCAAACCACUUGCCUGGGGCGGCAUGAACCCUCUUGCCAUCCUGAUGGACCUGCCCCGGACCUACCUCCCUCCCUCUCCGCGGGAGACCCCUUGUUGCACUGCCCCCUGCUUGGCCAGGAGGUGGGAGAAGGAUGGGUCCCCUCCGCCAUGGGGUCAGCUCCUGACGGUGUCACUCUGCCUGCUCCAUCGCACCAGUGACCUCUCUGCCUCUCUUCUUCCCUUUUGUCCUGCGUUUUCUCUGGGUCCUCCGAGGCCCCUUCCUAUUCUCCUGCCACGGGUGCAGACCCUGAACCCACACCUGGGCAUCAGGGCCUUUCUCCUCCCCAUCUGCCGCUGAAGCAGGAGGUUCCAGGGCAAAAGGGCAGCUGUGAUGAUGUGGAAAUGAGGUUGCGGGAACCAGCAGAAAUGCCCCCAUUCUCCCAGUCUCUGUCGUGGAGCCAUUGAACAGCUGUGAGCCAUGCCUCCCUGGGCCACCUCCUACCCCUUCCUGUCCUGCCUCCUCAUCAGUGUGUAAAUAAUUUGCACUGAAACGUGGAUACAGAGCCACGAGUUUGGAUGUUGUAAAUAAAACUAUUUAUUGUGCUGGGUCCCAGCCUGGUUUGCAAAGAACACCUCCAACCCAACCCUAUCCCUCUCCACUAUUCUCUUCUUUCUCCCUGCAGCCUUUUAUGGUCCCUCUUCUCUCCUCAGUUUCUCAAAGAUGCGUUUGCCUCCUGGAAUCGGUAUUUCCUUCCAUUGUAGCUAUUAGUGGCUCCUCGCCCCCACCAAUGUAGCAUCUUCCUCUGCAGAAUAAAAUCUCUAUUUUUAUCGAUGGCUUGGUGGCUUUUCCUUGAAUCCAGAACACAGCCUUGUUUGUGGUGUCCCCUAUCCUCUCCUUUUACCACUCCCAGGCUUGGAA